CCGGCGGAAAAAAAUCACUCAUUUUGAGUGACGACACUCAAUUUCCUUGCGUUUCAUGCUACUUCCACCAAUUGCCUUACCGCACAAACCCUGAAAGCGCCUACUCCGUAUGAUUACUCACCCACACAAACCAAAAUCAAAUGUAUUCAUCUUGCCACUCUUGCGCUUACACGGGCUUUUCUUUUUUGAAGUUUCUUUUGCUUCUUUCUUUCAUCGUGUGUUGUGACAUUUAAAGCCGUUAAUGUUUGCUUAUGUUUUGAGCGGUGCGUGUGCUAAGGUUUAGGAGGAACUUUUUUACUAUUAUUCCUUUAUGUUUCGAAGGAUACAACAUGGAUUCAUCAAAACUGCGAAAGGAUGGAAAUUUUUACCGAAAACGCAAGCGGGAAUUGGAAGAAUUGGACAGGAAAUGCGACGAGCAGCUUUCUAAUGCAAAUUUUUCUGGGUCGCAUUUUCCAUGGCCGAAUUUAGAAAUAGAAUCUAAUCCCCCAGAACCUUUGGAUAUUCUGGCGGAUUUUAGUUCAACAUUGUUUAGUGGUGAUGGUGCUGCGGAAAGUAGUUUUAUAGAGGAUGUUGAGGAUGGUGAAGGGGAACAUGACGAUGAUUUAAGUUUUGUUAAUAAUUUGUCCUUAACUGAUGCGCUUACGCAUCUCGUCAUCACAUGUCGCCUGUCUCGCUUUGCAACUAAAGCUAUUCUAGCUAUAUUAAGGAAACAUUUUCAAGCACCGGUUCCAAAAUCACCCCAAACCCUUUUAAAAACUCCCUCUCAUGUGGGUAAUCAAAUUCAAUCGAUAAAUGGCGGGAAAUUGUGGUAUCGAGGGAUACAGCCAGUGUUAGCUAGCUAUUUUGAGUAAGUACAUCUGAAUGAUUCGAUACUGGAAGGAGCAUAUUAUAUGAUUAUUUAUCUUAAUUUUAUCCACUUUUAGAAACACAAUUCCAGAAUUUCGAUAGAUGUGUCGAUUGAUGGACUACCACUAUUUAGAAAGAGUCGGAACAGUGUUAUUCCUAUCCAAAUAAGAGUGGUAGAGUUAAGUAAUCUGCCCGUUUUUGUAG